UCAUUGAUCUGGGAGUGAUGAUUCCUUGCGACAGGAUCCUGCGGGAGGCCAUUCACAACAAAGCAGACAUCAUCGGCCUGUCGGGUCUCAUCACGCCUUCACUGGACGAAAUGAUUCAUGUUGCCAAAGAAAUGGAGCGUCUGGGCUUGAAGACUCCUCUGCUGAUCGGUGGAGCCACAACGUCAAAGUACGACACAUUCAGUGGAUUUUCACCAUGCGCUUACAUGAUAAACCUCAACAUUUAUGCAGUUUUUAUUUAG